AUGUUUUGCAACAUGCGCAUCCUUUUGACUCUCACCCUCGCCAACUGUGUGCUCUCGCACAUCACACUUGAAAGCCCAAAGCCAUUCAAAGUGGCCGCCGACGGACUUUCAAACCCACUCGCACCAUCUGGAGCGAACUUCCCCUGUCAGGGUAAGGUCUCUCUCCCUGAUGGAGGCCCUACCGUCAUGACUAUUGGCCAGGAACAGAAGACAACCUUCUCGGGAUUGGCAACUCAUGGUGGUGGCUCUUGUCAGAUCUCUCUACUCAAAGGAUUUGAACCAAGCAAGGAAAAUGCAGACUUCCGAGUUAUCAAAACUCAAUACGGCUGUCUAACAAACUCCAAGGGAAACUUGGACGGUGGAAAGGCAAACCCAAUGACCUUUGUAAUCCCUGACUCUGUCGAGCCAGGUGAUUACUCUGGAUCUUGGACUUGGCAAUCCGAGGCAACCGGAGAGCUGUACCAGAUGUGUUUCCCAAUCACAGUUGUGGCCAAGAAGCGAUCCAGAAUUGAGCGCGGAAAGCCUGAGUUCAGUCCCAAUGUUAAGCGAGGCCUGGAAGACCUUCCUCCUGUUUGGUUAGCCAACUUAGGAGAAGUCACCGGAACUUGUAGUGUAAAACCUCAGCAGCAAAUUGUCGAGUUCCCUGAGCCAGGAAAAGACGUCGAGCACUCUGAGGGUGAUAAGAAGCUUUUCAAGGCUGAGUGCAAUGGCAACCCUUUUGCGAAAGGUGGGGUCACCAAGCCCAGCAACCCUUCAUCAUCUGCAACGCCAUCCAGUGCCCCGGCCAAGAAAACUACUUCGAAGACUCCAGCUCCAUCAGCAACUUCUACCAGUGCACCAUCUAAGCCAACUACUUCGAAUAAGCCAACUUCCACGAAGAGCACUACGAGAACACCAAAAGCCACCUCUUCGGCGUCGCCAUCAUCAAGCAAAGCAUCAGCCCCUACAGUUUCUACUCCGCCAGCUCCAUCGGCCUCAUCAGGCUCCACAGGAAUGUGCGAAGAGGGAAAAUACCUGUGUGUCAACGGCCACAUGUUUUCAGUCUGUACGGGAGGAAGAUGGACGGGUCCUCAACCUCUAGCCGCCAAUACUCACUGCGAAGGGGAGGUUGGUGAGCUCAAGAUUGUGAACGAGUAA